GGCGAGCGGCGUGGAUGCCGAGAUGCUGGACGUCAGCGUGUUUAUCUACGCCGUGCACCACUAUAUCCCAACUCCGCCCGUAUCCUUCGCCGCCCCUCUUGCUUUCUCCGGCGCGUCCUGGGUCCCCGACGGCAUCGACCGAAUCAGCCGCCUCCCCGACGACGUCCUCUGCAACAUCAUCUCCCGCCUCCCACCCAAGGACGCCGCGCGCACUGCCGCUAUCGCCUCCCGCUGGCGCCCCCUCUGGCGCUCGGCGCCCCUCGUCCUCGUCGUCAGUCUCUUGCUUCUUCAAGGUCGCGCGAGUGCCGCCCCACGCGCCGUCACCGCCGUGGUAACCCGCAUCCUCGCGGCACACCCGGGGCCCUUCCGCUGCGUCCACCUAACCUGCAGCAACAUGGACGAGCACCGGAACGAGCUGGAGCUCUGGCUCCUCCUGCUCGCCGCCAAGGGCAUUCAAGAGCUCACCUUUCUCAACCACCGGUGGCCGAUUAACCUGCGCCUCCCCGCCACGCUCUUCAGCUGCGCCUCUCUCACCCGCCUCUACCUCGGCGUCUGGAGGCUCCCGGACACUGCCGCCGUCCCGCGCUCCGCCAUCUUCCUCAACCUCCGGGAGCUCGGCCUCUGCUUCGAUGUCAUGGAAGAACGUGAUCUCGCGUUCAUGCUUGAAAGAAGCCCCGUCCUGGAGAUCCUCACCAUCAUUGGAAGCCAGAGCGGAGUGCGCCUCCGCCUCGUCAGCCACAGCCUGAGGUGCGUCCAGCUGGGCAUUACCCGCUUGGAGGACAUCGACGUGGUGGAUGCCCCUCGUCUGGAGAGGCUCUUGCAGUGGGAUGUUGGCCAGCAUCACGUAAGCAAAAAUCGGGGCAAGAAGCCCAGCUCAAGGAUCAAGAUUGGUAAUGCACCCAACCUGCGCCUGCUUGGGUACCUUGAACCAGGAGAUAAUGAGAUUGAGAUUAGACACUCCGUCAUCGUGGCUGGGACCAAGGAGAACAUUGUCCCUUCUGUCAAGAUCAUGGCCAUACAGGUACAAUUUGGAGUCCGCAAUGCUCUCAAGAAGGUGCCUGGCUACCUCAGAUGUUUUCCAAACCUCGAGACACUCCAUGUCCAGUCCCGGAGAGAUGUUGAGCCCGCUGGCAAGGUCAAUUUCAAGUUCUGGCAGGAGGGCGAUCCAAUCAAAUGUGUCCUGCAGACCAUGAAGAAGGUGUUUUUCCAUGAGUUCCGAGGGUCGAGAAGCAAGGUUGCUUUCCUCAAGUUCGUUGCCGAGAAAGCUAAGGUGCUGGAGAAGAUGGUGAUUUUGGUGGCCAGUGGAUGUUUCUCUUCCAGGGUUGAUGUGAAGGCCAAACUGAAGCCUCUGACUAGUGCAAAAUGGAACAGUAAAGUUUGUAAGGUUGAACUCUUCCAGAGCCCAUUCAUUGAAGGGGGAGAUCCAUAUUUCAGCCACCGACUAGCAACUGAUUUUUCGUGUCCUGACCCAACUAUCAGGGAACUAUCAGUAUUUUAAAACUGUGCGUAUUACCAUGGCUACCGGUAAACAACACCCAUUGAGUGACCGGUGUUUUUCAAACUAAUUUUAGUUUUGAAUUUUGUUAAUGAAUGACAAGAUUGGGAUCCAAAGUGCUCUGCCCAUGAAUGACAACAUUGGGAUCCAAAGCGCUAUACUGAAGUGGUAUUAGUCAAGUGAAGUCAAGUCGGCUUGUACGUUGUCAGUAAGUUAUUUUGUGAUGAUGUAAGACUGUGUGUAUGGUGCUGUGC